AUGAAGCACCUGCUCCAAUACCUGGGCUGCUGCUUUGCCUUCUUCUCUGCUGGAUUCCUGAUUGCAGCUACCUGGACCGACUGCUGGAUGGUGAACACGGAUGACUCCCUGGAGUUGAGUGCGACGUGUCGUGGCCUGUGGUGGGAGUGUGUCACCAACGCCUUUGAUGGGAUAACGACCUGUGACGAAUAUGACUCUAUAUUCGCUGAGCACCCAGUGAAACUGGUCCUGACCCGAGCGAUGCUGAUUGCAGCCGACAUCCUGGCUGGUUUUGGGUUCACCUUCCUCCUUCUGGGCCUCGACUGUGUGAAAUUCCUCACGGAAGAACCCGGCAUCAAAACUCGCAUCUCCUUCAUAUCCGGAUUAGCUCUGUUAACUGGAGGUGUCCCGGGGCUCAUUGGCUCCAUCUGGUACGCCAUCGGGGUCUACGUGGAGCGCUCCACCCUGGUUUUGCACAAUGUCUUUGUGGGCAUCCAGUAUAAAUUUGGGUGGUCGUGUUGGCUCGGACUGAGCGGGUCUCUGGGCUGCUUCUUAUCCGGUGCUUUGCUCACCUGUUGCAUGCAUCUCUUCAGAGAUGUCAGCUCUAGUAGAUGCAUUUCCUCCAGUACCUUGCGGAAGGCCUAUUCCCCUUCUGGGAUGACCAACCUGUACCAUCCAUCCUCCCAGACAGCCACUGCCCAAAUGUACGCGAUGGACACCAGAGUGUGA